AGUUCCCCGGUUCUCCUCUCUCUGCUCAUUCUCUCCAAGAGCUGUCACAGAUACACAUAUCCCCACACAUACACAUUAACACACACGGACUCGCUGCAUGUUGGAGCGAACGUCUGCAUUCUCUCAGCCGCUCCCCGGUUACCGAAAAGCGGCUGUUUGAUUUCGCAGUCUGCGGCGAGGAGCCUCGUCGUGACAGAGUUUGGAGACGGCUGAAUGAGCAGUGAAGGGGGGAGAAAAAGGUGGUGUCCUCCGGUCAGAAACACACACUCUCUGUGACACAUGGCCAACAGCGGGAGACGGAAGGGGCGAGAGUGAGUACGGGACUGACAGAUCCAGAAAGGCACGCACAGAAAGAAAAGAGGCAGUCGGCCAUCUGUGGUCGGUCCCCUGCUACUCUGCAGCUGCGUUGGAGUCAGCGAACAGUUCUCCGCUGCUCCGUCAGCAGUUCAGAAACUAUAGAGUGAGAUAAAGUGAUUCUUCCUACAUCUCCUAGCUCAGGGGGAUGAGCCUUGGAUGGGGCAAUGUUAAGGCCUCGCUGGCCUCUGAUUAGGCCCGUGGGGCUGCUUCUUUGGAGAGAUGGGUGAUACCCCAGCUGGAUCUUUCGUUGCCGCCAUCCUCCACAGCUGUCAUUAGUGGCUAAUGAGCUGCUGCUGGAGAGGAAACGAAGAAGGUUGCCUGUGGAGAGAGGAGGAACCUUACAGCUGUUAUUAAGAGGCCCAAAGCUCUCAGACGAGGAAUUCUGCCUUCUCUAUUCCUCUGGAAGAGGAGUGAAACCCUUUUAAAACUCUUUCAGGUGCAAGCAUGAAAGGAUAUUACCUUUUGGAAGUCGUGUUUGUAGACAUUUCUUUUCCGUUGUUAAUUGGCAUUUUUUUGUUUUAAUUACUGUAGUGGCAUGUCUCUGAAAACUGUCACCAUGCGGUUGAAAGACGCAUUUUUUCAGCUACUUUUUCUCUCUCUCAACUGAAGGAGUUUUAACAUAACAUUCUAAUCCAUCCAUUUUUUUAUGUUAAAGCUGUAUUGUUUUUGUUUUACACUUGGAUAUUAUUUUGCCCCUUCUAUGCCCUGAAGGACAUUGGUAACCAUGGCAGCAGCCUAUCGUGUAGUGGUGAGCAGUGUGAGCUGCUACAACAGUGUGGUAGUGGACCGGCGCACUCACUCCCAUGCUGUGCACUACUGCUCAGGGCCAUGUGGGGCGCUGUCCCAGGGACUAGACUGUACUGUCGCUCACCGCGGCACCUGUUCCGAGCUGCUAGCUGCUGAAGCUGCAUACAGUGACCCAAACAGCUCACUCAUACACUCCCAUAACAUCACCACUCAACAACUUUCCAACCAUGGUAAAAUGACAGUUACCAUGGAUGCUAGUUAUAAUGGUGGUAUAGAGAGGGCGGACAGCAGUGGCAAUUUGUCUUUAGGGGAGGACAGCCCCACAUGGCGCGGUAAAAAGGCCCCCAGUGGCGGAGGAUCAAGUGGGAACCUGAGCUCCUCUAGCAGUCUGAAGGACAUCACCGAAGAGGCCAUCAACCUGGCCAGCGGUAAGCUCAAAGAGUUUUCUUUUGACAAGCUCCGCCUCUCUUCCUCCAGCCACGUCACCUUCCGAAAAGGUCGUAAAGUCCGUCCUGACUCUCUCAGCCGCCGCUCCACCGACCUGGAGAUCAUCUACGGCCACUUCAGCUCCAACAUCACCACAAACGGAACUGCUAAUGGCAUGACAAAUGGCACGGGUACAUCCAAUGAUGAGAACCUGCCACCAUUUGUGCCAGGGAAGGUAGCAGGCCUGGAGGAGACAAAGGUAAAGGGCAGCACAGCCAUCUUGUCGGCCAUCACCAAAGUGAGUGGUGGAUCAACAAGCAGCCUAUCGAGUAUUGGGUCUUUGGACCAAAGUCUGAACACAGUGGCCUCCCUGUACCGCAACACCCUGGGAGAGGAGAACCUGAUUGCCCGUCUGCUGGAGAAGACAAGAGCGGAGGCGGGCACUGGUGGAGCAGGCGGGGAGGACAUCCGUGCCUGCCUUGACAUCCUGCUCAAAUGUUCUGAAGACUUAAAGAAAUGCACCGACAUCAUUAAGCAGUGCAUCAGACACAAAGCUGGUGGAGGGCCAGAGGACGGAGGAGCCAGUCCUGAAAGUGUAUAUCGGGCUGUGAUGACCCGACUCAGCUCCUAUUUGAAGAGAUUACCUCUGGAGCUGGAGGGAAUUGGAAGUUUGGGAGGCAGUGGGCAGGGGGGUCAGGGUGCGCAUGGAAGCGGGCACAGCGAUCUGGCUGAGCUGGUCAACACUCUUCACUCCAUCCAGCAAGGACCGUACUCUCCAAUAUUUGGCAAUGAGCAACCUCCUCGCUAUGAGGAUGUGGUGUUGUCACCUCCCAUCCCAAAGACUGUUCCUCAUUCUGCAUUGUCUACUCCAUCCUCUGUUUCAUCUUCCUCCUCAUCUUCUUUGAAAUCAGAAUCCAUCCAUAACAAACCAGUCCAAAGUUCCCCUUCCAGAACCACUCUACUUACCAAUGGACUAAAACAUCCACAUCCUUCUUCUAUCACACAACACACACUCUCCCCCCCAUCUAUGGCAUGCACUCCAUCCAGCUCCACUCCAACACACUCUCCUUCCCCUCUUUGUAUCUCCCCGACCCCACCUUAUACACACACUCCACCAGCAUCCCCCAUGGAAGCUCUUUAUAUUGAGGAGGAGGAAGCAGAUGUGGGAAAGACAUCGGAACUAAUCCCGCAACAGACUCACACUCCAACCAGAGGGGUGAACACAACCCAGAACAAUAAUGGGAUAACAUUGGGUCAACACAUGCACCUGUCCCAUCCACACACACUCCAUAACUCUUCAAAUACAUUGCCGGCCAGCGCUGGCUACAGCCCUACUUGGCCUUCUUCUGCCUCACUAACAGUCUCAGCACCCAAAGCUGCCGCGCACAGGAAUGAUGACAUUGACAAGCUGCUGAUGGACUUGGAGAAUCUGUCUCAGAGUAUGAGCCACCCCAAAAACACUGAACCUCCUCUUCCAGCCAAAACCAGGAAGAGAGAAGGAAUCACUUCCAGUGAGGCCCUUACUAAAAUGGCCCAGUCCCAAGUCCAGAAGCCAGCCAACCACCUAGCCAUGAAUGGCCCUACCUCCAGGACUCCCCAGAGUCUCACUCCUCCCCAGGGAGAGAACAGUGAAGCUGUGGUGGGAGAGGAGGAGGAUGGGGCACUGCUGCUGAGGAUCCUGGAGAGCAUUGAGAGUUUUGCCCAGGAGCUGGUGGAUUCUGGGGCUGGGAGCACAGGAAGUGCUGAGAGGAAGAGUGGAAAGGAGCGGGAGGUGAUGAGACUCCUGCAGGAUACACUGGCCAGCACUGGUAGGGCUGAUACCCCUCUGGAGUGCACAAGCCCACCAGCUGCUCCCACUGCUCCAUCUAUGCACACAAAUACAGCUGCACAAAUCCCAGCUAUACCGCCAAAACAUUACCUGGCAAAUGCACCGGCAGUUUCACCUGCACCGACGUCUAUAACUGCAGUAUCUGAAACUGCAUGCAAUGCUACAUCCGAAGCCGCACCUAAAUCUACACCUGAAGCUGCCCCUAAACCUCUGCCUACACCCAUACCUGAGCCUAUUACUGAGGCUACAGAUAAAGUUCCAGAUGCCUCUACAGGUGACACCGAUCCUACAACAAUCCCUGCUCAUUCAGCUGAACCUACACCUGUGGCUGCACCUGAAGCUCUAGCCCCUGUAGCCAUCCCAAUUGUGGAAACCACAAGAGAUGCCUCCGUUGCUGUGGGCGACCCUGCUGCUGUGAGAGACACUGGUUCAACCCUCCUCAUCCAGCAGACUCCAGAGGUGAUCAGAGUCCAGUCCAAACUGGAGAAGAAACCAGGCACACCUCCACCAGCCCCUGCCCUGAGCACAGUCACACCGCCCCCGACACCGCGCUCACCCAGCCCUCCUCCAGCUCCAGUGAUAGUCACCCCUCCUCCUCCUCCUGCCAUCAACAUUCCCAGGUUCUACUAUCCCCGUGGGCUCCCUGCCAUGGGCCCGGCCACCAACCACGACGCAGCCAUUGCUGCCAUAGAGACGGCCUUCACGGAAUUUGAAGAAGAAAAGGCUGACAUAUAUGAAAUGGGCAAGAUCGCAAAGGCAUGCGGGUGUCCACUUUACUGGAAGGCCCCCAUGUUCUACUCAGCAGGUGGUGAGAGGACUGGCUUCGUCUCUGUUCACUCCUUCAUUGCAACCUGGAGGAAGUUGUUGCACAGUUGUCAUGAUGAUGCAUCGAGGUUUAUCUCCCUGCUAGCGAAACCCAGCUGUAGAUACCUGGAGCAGGAGGACCUCAUCCCUCUACUGCAGGACAUAGUGGAUACGCAUCCUGGGCUCACAUUUCUGAAGGAUGCACCUGAAUUCCAUUCUCGCUACAUAACAACGGUGAUCCAGCGGAUAUUCUACGUGGUGAACCGUUCGUGGACGGGUCGUAUGACCAUGAUGGAGCUACGCAGGAGCAACUUCCUACAGACCCUGGCCCUGCUGGAGGAGGAGGACGACAUCAACCAGAUUACAGAUUACUUCUCCUACGAACACUUUUACGUCAUCUACUGCAAGUUCUGGGAGCUAGACGCUGACCAUGAUCUCUACAUUGAUCCCAAAGACCUGGCGAGAUACAAUGACCAUGCAUCCUCAAACAGAAUCAUUGAAAGAUUGUUUUCAGGGGCCGUUACUCGGGGUAACGCUGUGCAGAGGGAAGGAAGGAUGAGCUACGCUGAGUUCGUCUGGUUCCUCAUGUCUGAAGAAGACAAGAAAAAUCCCACCAGUAUAGAGUACUGGUUCCGCUGCAUGGACUUGGAUGGCGAUGGCAUCCUGUCCAUGUUUGAGUUGGAGUAUUUCUAUGAGGAACAGUGUGAGAGGAUGGAAAGGAUGGGCAUCGAACCUCUGCCCUUCCAGGAUUUGCUCUGCCAGAUGCUCGACCUGGUCAAACCUGAGAGUUCAGGUAAGAUAACCCUUGGUGAUUUGAAGCGCUGUCGGAUGGCCCACAUAUUCUUUGACACUUUCUUCAACCUGGAGAAAUACCUGGACCACGAACAGAGAGACCCAUUUGCUGUGCAGAAGGACAUCGAUAGUGAAGGUCCAGAGCCAUCUGAUUGGGAUAAAUAUGCCUCAGAAGAGUAUGAGAUACUGGUGGCGGAGGAGACUGCAAAUGAACAGCUACAUGAGGGGUCCUUUGAUGAUGACUAUGAAUCUGAGGAGCUUCAGGUUCCGGAAGAGAUUGGGAAUAAAAUGGAAAAACUGGUCAUAUCGGACCUGUCAGCAUAAAACUUCUUCCCUGGAAUUUCUAGGCCUUUCUUUCUGCAACAAAACAAUCAGGAACAAAGUGAUAGAAGUACCCUUUGGAUGGAUGCAUCAAGAAAUACAGUACAUGGGCGUAAAAACAGAGAGAGAAAACUCUUUUGGCAUCUGUUUUUUGAUGACUCUGGAGUCUCCUCAGAAUGGAUCGUUUUUUGUUUUUAUGUUGUGUGUGUGUGUGUGUGUGUGACCGUAAACCAGUACGCGCUGUUCUUUGUCUGGUGCAAUAACGUAUCUGUGUUCAUACAGAAAACAAUUUCACUGCCUCCAGCUCUACACUCCAUCCAAGAGAACAAAGCCAACGAUGGGGAGGAGAAGUGUAUGAUAAGCUCUAAAAGGAAUCAAGAAAAAAAAUGUCACUGUAAAAGUUUUAUUGUAAUUAUGAAUUUUCAACAGACAAUCCUGCCAGAAGACAAUCAUGUGAAGGUCGACAGAUAGAUAGACUGUCAGUUACACAAAUAGACUCCUGGUUGGAGAAACGGGGGAGCGGGGGGGACAGAUAAUUACCAUUGAUAGGCACUGAAAACACACAGUCAUCUGCUCAAUAAUGAUACAUACAGACAGACACUACCAUCAGAAACCUGCUGCCUGUGCAGCUUCUCGCUGCGUUCCUCGGAAAGGAAGUCGUUAAACCUCUAGUCCCUUCUGGGAGGAAUCAUUUUACGCUUUGGGUGAUUGUAACAGCGCCACGCUGUGGCCAGUCUGUGCUACUGCAUGCCAUUACUGUCAUGCACGGUGCAUAAUGGCUGGGUAACUUUUCCAAGAGGGAGUUCAGUUCACUGCACAGCCUGAGCUGCUCUAUUAUUAGUGCGGCAUUAUCAGCGCUCCCUGGAAAAAAGUCUCUGACUGCAUAGACUAAAAGGUCCCUUUACAUUGUUUUAAUUCUCAAUCAGGUCACAGUGAGACAUAUGCACAUAAAAUGAUGCAUGUUAAAAAGCAUAUCAAGCUCUCUGGUAGAGUUGCCCACACAUUUCCACCUGUAACGUUUGUACAAACGCAAUAGAUACGCAUAAGAACUGUGAGUUGUUCUAUCAGUCUCAAGCAAUUAUCUAGUACAUCCCACUGUAUGUUUUCUCAUUCUUGUUGAUUGUGUACAGUACCUGGUAAAUACUUUGAUCUGUUUUUUAAAUUUAUGCCAAAAUUGUCAUUUUUUUUUUCUGCUUAAACAUCUCAUUGUCAUACACCGUUUGAAACUUUCUGACGUCCAUUCUCCCUGUAACACACACCAAACACACCACUAAGGAUGCCUCCUAAAGUGUCUGUUCACCCAAAUUAUGAAAACACAUAUUCUCCCACCUCUAGUGGUAUCUAGCUUGCACAUAGUUUUAUGUACCUGACAUUUUUGCCUCAAGCACAUUAUUGGAGUUACCUACCGUAACAGGGGCAUGUGUUAAUAUAAUUUUUGCCAUGCUUUAAGCACCAACAUACUUCCUUUCACCUCUAUUGUAUUUAAAUGGCAGCAAAAACAUCAGAGAUGGAUAUCUUACAACUAUUUGCACAGACAGAUAUACCAAGUGAGAUUUUGCCUUAUAAUUUUAUGGGGUUGACCUUUUAACUCCUAUAUUUACUGUGCUGCACUCACAGGGACAGGUGCAUGUAUGUACACUGUGUUUGCUUAGAAAUCAUUGGGGUGUGUUUUUAGGCGCAUGUAAUGUGUAGCUCUCAGUUUAUACUUCUUAGUUGUUGCCAUGGGGAUGGUGUUCCCGGGGUCAGUGUGUGUGUGCGCGCUUGUAUAACUCUUUAAUUAGGUAUGGGACAGCUUUUAUCCUCAUUGGCUUUAAAUUCAUAACUCUUUUAUUGGCACUUGCUGUACACAGACAGACACAUAUACACUUAUGCACAUACCACACUACACAGUAGUUAUUAUUAAAAGGGAAAGAAAAGAGCUAGUGGAUGCUGUAAGGCCUUAAGGACCUUAAGUUUCCCACUUCUGCUCUACAGCCAUUGUAAAUGUGCCUGACUGUAUUAAAACUAUAUUAUUAUAAUAAUAGCUAAUGAUAAGCCAUUAUAGAUAUAACGGCUCAGAUUGUUGAUGUAUUUUGAUGGUUUGUAUUGCUGUGCCACUGUGUGGCUCAGGAUAGGAGGGUAAAUUAUGUUAGAUGCGUGUACGUUUGUGUUUUCGAUGCACAGUGGAUUUCAUCAUCAGAAGAGGGGAUCCUCUGGAGGACUGAUCUGACAAUCACAAAAGUAUGAGAAACAUCUCAUAUGGAGAGCUCUGAGACUGAUGUUUCACCACUGUGGUCACACUCACACUCACACACUCCCAAGGAGACCUGCUCAUUCAGACAUUAUUUAAGAAGAACUGUUUAAGGCAAUGGGGCGUCUCCGAUUGUGUCCUGGUACUCACACAUGCAGCAUCAGGCUAGGGGAGAAGCCAUGCUUUUACUUUGAAAUUACAUAUUUACCUUGACAGGUAGACGGAAUAAUUUUGAUGUACUUCAUCUGUGCAGAGGAGACUUGAGUAGGCUGAGAUGUGUUCAAAUCCUGAUUUAUUGUAUUGGCAUGGUUUUAUUUUUGUCAAUCUUUCUUUCUUUCUUUUUUUCUUCUCUUCUUUUCUUUGCCCCACCCCCCGUUAUUUGUUGCUUUUGUCUGAAUUUUUUAGGUUUAAAUAAAGAUGUUUCAAGAAUA